UUUAUGAUAUCGGGAUAUGGUUGUUUAAAAAAGUUAUUUUCUGGAAUAAAAUUUAUUUCAGUGUUAUCGUUUUACAAAAUUUUUACGUUUCAUUAUCUCGACUAUUAAAUUCUCGGGUUAUCUAAGACUAUUCGCAAGGACAUCUGCAAAAACAUAAUUUAUAUGAUAUUUUUGCAAGUGAAAGGUGUUUUGUCUGUAACUAUGAGACAUUGCUGAAAUUGUUAGGUUGUAUCAGAUAAACUAUGAGUAAUGGUACAGAAAAAAUGGAAGAAAAGAUUAAAGAGAAAAGGAACGUUGCACCUCAAGUAUUUGUUGACUGUAUACUUCUUCUUAUAUGUGGAGGGAUAGUGCCUAUUGUUUGGCAUUGUACAACACCAACUAGACAAGGUUUCUUCUGUGAUGAUGAAAACAUAAUGUAUCCUGAAAAAGAAAAUACCAUUACAAAUGCUAUCCUUUGGAGUUUUUGUACUUUGGUUCCUUUAGGCAUUAUCUGUCUAACGGAAGUGGUUAGAAAGUUUACAGUUAUGGAAAUUGAAGUGAAUGAGAUAUAUUUCUUUCGAUGGAAAGUUCCGCACAUGAUUCAAGAAAUCUACAGCUUCGGAGGUGUACUUUUCAUUGGUCUACUUAUGUCAGAACUGUCUAAUGAUUUCAUCAAAUCAUUUAUAGGGAGACCUCGUCCAAACUUUUUAGCCCUUUGCAAACCUGAUUUCAAUUGCUCUUCUGUAGCAAAUCCUCAUUAUUAUGUUACCGAGUAUAAGUGUACCAAUCCUAAUUUACUUGAUGAGAAAUACUUUCGAGAAUCCUUUCCUUCAGGUCAUGCAGCUCUUACAACUUAUUCAAUGUUCUAUAUAGUGUUUUAUCUUCAUAAAAAAGUAACUUUCACCAGAUACAGUGUAUUGGCAAAGCCAUUGAUAUUAUGGAUGUUGUUGAUGCCAACAGGAUACAUAACUCUUACCAGACUCGCCGACCACAUGCAUCACUGGGAUGACAUUUUGGCCGGUUUCUUUCUCGGAUUUUUCAUUUGUGUUGCUUUAAUAUUUACUAUGACUGAUUUAUACAAAAACAAGUAAAACCUAUUUACAUCUGUUCUUAGUAUGUAUUACGUUGUUCAUCAGAUUGUAAUUGUUGCUGACAUAGAAAGUAGCUGCUAAUAUAUUGGAUUUACACCAUGCAUCCGAAACCAUUUUGCUAAACUUUCAAAAGUUUGUUUAUGAUGUAUUAGGUUUAUUUUUCACAAAUAAAACUUUUUUCUUAUUUCUGA